UGUCUGGUGACGUUACCGACAUCGCUGCCUCGAUCGAGAACGGGGGUAUCUCGACGUGCUUGAGCGUUAACGGGAAUUUUAGGGCCACCGCCCGCCCGGUCAUUGGGGUAACAGCAACGCAGUCCUCAGCCUCGCCAUGCCGCUGCUUUUCCUCGAGCGCUUCCCCUGGCCUAGUUUGCGGACCUACACGGCCCUGAGCGCAGCGCUGUUGGCCGUCAGCCUCUUUAGCGCCUACUCCAACCUCAGGCUGCCGCAGGUCGCCGACCCCGGCGCUCCGACCCCCAGCGACGAUCGGCUAACCGGCAUGGUUAAGCGCGGGGAAAACACCGUCCAAAACGGGAUGCCGGAACAAAGUGAAGACGCGAUGGGAUCAGCGAGCCGACCCGACUGGGCCGAUGGCCACGGACUGGCGGUAGAGAUGGCCUGGUACCUGGUGUCAGACAGCUGGUGCGUUUGGGUGCUGGUAAACACUGCCUGCUGUUUUCUUAUGUUGAUUGGCAAGAUGAUCCAGUACAUGGUCUUCGGAACACUGCGGGUCAGUGAGAGGCAGCACCUGAAGGAUAAGUUUUGGAACUUCAUCUUCUACAAGUUCAUCUUCAUAUUCGGUGUGCUGAAUGUUCAGACCGUUGAAGAAGUGGUGAUGUGGUGCCUUUGGUUUGCUGUUCUUGUCUUCCUUCAUCUCAUGGUCCAGCUAUGCAAAGAUCGCUUUGAAUAUCUGUCUUUUUCUCCAACUACUCCAAUGAGUAGCCACGUACGUGUAUUGGCUCUGCUGGUUUCCAUGUUGCUGUCCUGUUGCACUCUGGCUGUAGUUUGUGCACUGGUUGGAUAUUCGCAUGGAAUGCAUACAUUGUCCUUUAUGGCAGCUGAGUGCCUGGUUGUGACUGUCCGGACAGCGCAUGUUAUUCUUAGGUACUCUAUCCAUCUUUGGGAUCUGAAUCAUGAGGGAACCUGGGAAAAUAAAGGCACCUAUGUUUAUUAUACUGAUUUUGUCAUGGAGUUGAACCUGCUGUCAGUGGACCUGAUGCAUCACAUCCACAUGUUGCUGUUUGGAAAUAUAUGGUUGUCAAUGGCGAGCCUGGUAAUAUUCAUGCAACUUCGAUAUCUUUUCCAUGAAAUGCAGCGCAGGCUAAAGCGUCACAAGAAUUACUUACGUGUGGUGGGCAAUAUGGAGGCAAGAUUUGCAGCUGCCACUCCUGAAGAAUUGGCUUCUAACAAUGAUGAUUGUGCAAUCUGCUGGGACUCUAUGCAGUCUGCACGCAAACUCCCAUGUGGGCAUCUCUUUCACAACUCCUGUCUGCGUUCCUGGCUGGAGCAAGACACGUCUUGUCCCACGUGCAGAAUGUCACUCAACAUUAAUGAAGACCAUCAUGCCGGAGCCCCUCGACAGCGAGACAACCUUGAUGAGAAUAUUGGACCUGUGCCAGGUGUUGAGGGAAGGCCACAUCUUAACCAUCACAACCAUUUCUUCCAUUUUGAUGGAUCUAGGAUUGCCAGCUGGCUGCCUAGUUUCUCAGUGGAAGUAAUGCACACAACGAAUAUUCUUGGCAUUGCGCAGGUGAACAAUUCUCAGUUGAAUGCUAUGGCUCAUCAAAUCCAAGAGAUGUUUCCCCAGGUUCCAUAUCAUCUGGUCCUCCAGGACCUACAGCUAACGCGUUCCAUAGAAAUCACCACUGAUAACAUAUUGGAAGGAAGAAUUCAGGUCCCCUUUCCCCAACAGCGCCAAGAAAGUAGACCAACAUUGAAUGGUCCUGCCGUGGAAGAGAAUGAUGAUCAUCCAGGUGAUUCAAACAAUGAAGAGCAGACUGAUCAUCCAGCCCUUGAAUUCAGCCAAGGUAUGGAGGAAACAUUUGGAGCUGGCCCUGAGUUUGCACAAAAUGAUGUUCCGAAUGAGGACUUCGAGGCACGGGGCAGUCGCUUCUCAAAGUCAGCAGAUGAAAGGCAACGAAUGUUAACACAGCGCAAAGAGGAGCUACUGCUUCAAGCUCGGAGACGGUACGUAAAUAGGAGCCAGCAUGAAGGAAACAAUUUAUCAACUGUAAGCAUGUACACUGAGCCACCUGUCAACAUGGACUCUCUUACUUUGCGGCGUCGAACCUUGGCAGCUGCAGCAGAAAGACGUCUCCAGCAACGACAGGACUCUUAGUUCUGAUGAUGUGACACUGGGAACUUACACUCUCUGAAUGACAUGUCUGGCUCUGUUUUUGCAGCAGCAAGGGGAGGAGCAUCACAAACCACUCUGCAAAUCAUGCCUUUGAGCUGGAGAGUUGUAUAUCUCGUAAUGUGGCUGCACUAAUGGAGCUGGAUCACAACAGUAUUGGGGGUGGGAAAUGGCAUGAAUGGUUAUUUUUUUACAUACAGCCUUUGUGAAAACAAUAAACAGCUUUUUACUUGCAAAAAUAAAUCUUAGUAGCUGCACGUGUCUGGAGGCUACUUUCAAACUCUUAAACUGCAGAAUUUAUGCAGUCUGCAAGGUUGCCUGUGGUGAAUUUUGGAAGGCUGUUUGGUUCAAACAACUUAUUGGGCACUACAGCAUUGCUCCCUGGGGCCCAUCAGCAACUGUGCUGAAAAGUGACAUGGUGUGUGCUGCGAUACUUGGCAACUAAUUUAAUUUCUUUGUUGUUUCCCAUUAUACAGGAGGCAUGGAACACUUUAAACCUACAGCACACCCUGCACCCUCUCCUUAUUGCAGGUCAUAUGCAAUAAUUGCCUGUCUUCGACGCAAGCUUCCAUGCCAUUUUGGCACAAAGUUUUAGUUUUGUUCCUGAUUUUCUAGUUCUCGUUUUAAAUGAUCACAUGUUAUUUUAACUGCAAUUCUGUUAUUUCUUUAAUUGAUGCAUCCUAAAGUUUAUGAAAGUAUUAUGUCAGAAGCUGGCUGUUUCUGGCAUGUCAUGGCCAUGGAUUGAUUUGAUUUGCUUUUGAUAUCUUCUGAGUUAUAACUCCGUUGAUUAGUUAGAAAUGAAGUGUGAUUGGUUGGGACAGUGUGAUGCAUGGUAACAUCAUGUCAUUUCAAUAUCUUCAUGAAAGUACCAAGCCCAUAUUUUUCAAUAGCUUUAAGCAACUUCAACCUGUUUCCCAGAACUUGCUACAUUCAAAACAUGUCACUCCCUCUACAGCCAUAGCCAUUCUCAUUUAUCAUGGAAAUUACACUAUCUAAUAUUGAAGUAGCAUAUGAAAACAUAAAACCUGGCAUCCUGUCCACUCUAGGUGUAUUAAUUCUUAGAACAUUGACUGUGAUUUGCCAGAAAUGUCCUUUUAAGUUCUGAAUAUUUGCAGGUGGUUGGAUUUGUUUAAUCCAGCUGUAUGGUGUUUUUAUAUAGGGUCUGUGGUACUGAUCAUGUAACAACUUGGUGACUUGAGCAUUAAUUUUAAAUAAAGUAUUGCACGUUUGCUCUUGCAUUCAGCUUAAUCUUUAUAAUCAAACAUGCAAAUUACAGAAUUUGCAUUUGUUUUUACUCCCUAAUUCUCUGUCCAAUAUAUUUUGAGUACACUUUGAUUUACACCAAUUUUAUCUCAUAACAGGUUACUGUCCUUUAAAUUCUACCAAAUAUGUCAGCAUGUAGACAUUUGGAUAACUUGAGAGUACUUGCUGGUCUCUGCCUUGUUUGAAUAAUGCGUUUUGGAUGUUUUGCUACAAUGACUGCUGGAGUUACAAUAAGUUGAGGUAUAGCUUUAUCCAAAAAUCUUGCUUUUACUUAUUUCAAACAUUUAACAUUUUACCUUCCUUUCCCUGGAUGAACCGUAGCCAAUUUUUAGAAAGUUAGUUCAGCAACCUAAAUGAUAUGGAAUUGGAAGUUAAUUGAAUCACUCAUUUUUAUGAAUACAUGAACUAUAUUCUGACAUGUUUUUCAGAUUCUGCACUUAACUAGGGGUAGGCAGGGAUGGUAACUGCUUGAUGCUGAUACAGGCUUUACAAUAGCUGUGUAAUUCUAUGUUAAAGGGAGGGGUCCUUCAAAUGUCAGAGCAAUGUGAUUAAGUGUUUAUAAUUAUUUUUGACCUUUUUUAACUGAACUCAAACCUGAUGUAAAUUGUAAUAGGAACUCUUUAUUGUGCACUUGUAAAACAGCAAUCUCUUAGAGCCUUUCAUAUUGUACUGAAAUCUCUCAGGGAUGGGUGAAAGUGUAACACUUUGCAAAAAGCCUUGUGAUGCUUUUCCUGAAAUAGUUUCCAAUAUACAGUUUGUUUUACAUAUAAAGAGCUAUUACCCUAUUUUUGUUUUUCUGGAAUUAUUUAAAUAAAGUUCAUUUUCUGGUUUGUGCAAAGUGAAA